GUUCUCAGAACGUUAUGUGUUAGCUGGGUAUUUUAGGCGAAAAUCAUAUUUUAAUGAGAGUCACAGCUGAAGCAUUCAUCACAUUAUGUUUCUGUCAUACAAGUAUUUUUUUUCCAGUUAAAAGGAGAAAGUGUUCUGAGGUGAAUUUGAAAAUGUUUGGGCUGUUUAUGAAUUCCACUGGGUGCAUAGAUCAGGUGUGUAGGAGCCACACGAUUUGACCCACAGUGUGGUACCCAGCUUUUUAAUACUUGAGUGAGCAGUAUACAAAAGGCCAACUUGAGUGCUAUGGCUAGGCCUGCCACUUUCGUGUAUUGCUGAUAUAAACUGUAUAUAAGAGGAGGCCAGUUGUGUGCCAGUGAAGUCAUCCCUCUCAGAGGUGUUGUAUUCUUUUUUUUAACAAGUGUUUGAGACAUUCACCCUUGGUCAUGGGGCCCCAUCUAAACACAUAAUUAGUCAUCCAAUAAUGGAGAAGUGGCAUGGGAGAGAGACGGCACUAAGUGCACUGGCAUCGUUCACGUUGUCUCCUUCCAUCAUAGAUGUCACUUCACUACCAUUUACAGUCAUCUUUGGUUGAGGUGCACAGCUGAGACUCAGGCUUUGUAUAAACUGUGUUCAUGUUACUGGGCAGCUACCAUGACAAAGCUAAGUGACGAGUCUUACCACUGACUUUGUGAGUUUUUAGGUUUUUUUGGAUAGUUAGUUAUUCAUUUAAUUUGGAAGUUGCGACAUUUGAAUGGAUAAAACCAAGAGAACAACUCCUUUCAAUAAAUAAUUUAUGAGAUAAAUUAAAUCACAAAUAAAUCACAUCAUUUGUGAGAAAAAAAAUCAACAAGCUCAUGAUGCUGGCUGGGGGGAAGCCUAAAGGUUUUUCUCGAGAACUUAGUUAAUACUGACGCAGAGUGGCACUGGAAAUUGCGCAGGUUUUUGGGGAGUCAAGUGACAACUGUUAGUGAUGAUGGGACAUAAAAAUGAUACAGUGUUCUUUCUUACCAUCCAUCUACAGUCUGGGUUUUGCUGAUGAGACGUUGACAUCUUGCUUGCUUGCUGUGAGUCGAGAGAGCAUUUUCAUGUUUUUCCAUCCACUGGACAUUUGGCGAGGUUGAGGACAAUUUAAGCUAUUGGACAACAGCAAACAUGAAACGUGGAAUUUACAAGACAAACAUCUGUCGCAGUGUCUGCUUGGAUUUGAAUGGAUUUAUGAAGUAGCCUAAAGAACGGCUAUCUAAAAAAGAACAAAUAGCGUGCAUUUGAUAGCCUACUUCUGGAUUGGAAACAUGAACGAUACACGUAAUUCAUCUACACAUACGUUGCCUGACAAGACAGCUGAAGCGAUGGCUGUACCGGUAUUAAUGUUUGCAGUUGGUGUCAUUGGAAAUAUAAUAGCAAUAGCCGCUCUUUCUGGAUCCAAGCAGGAGCGCAAAUCCUCCGCGUUCUUCGCCCUAGUUUGUGGUUUGGCUGUGACGGAUCUGCUUGGGACUUGUUUGGCCAGCCCAAUCACUAUAGCAACUUACCUCAAUGAAAAUGUGUUAUAUGAUAAUACUAACCUUUGUGAAUUCCAUUCCUUUUUGUUGCUGUUCUUCGGAGUGGCUGGGCUAAGUAUCAUAUGCGCAAUGUCUGCUGAGCGCUACCUCGCGAUAUGCUGCCCUUACACUUACCAAAGAUGGGGAAUUGACCAACAUUUUGCACGCAAGUGCUUGUUUUGCAUUUAUCUCAGCAACAUUGCGUUUUGUUGUCUCCCAGUGAUGGGUAUGGCUGGAAGCAUUUGUCAGCCCUCCAAAACGUGGUGCUUCAUCAACUGGAGGGCUGAUAAGACACUGCCUGCAACAUAUUCGUUUUUAUAUGCCAGUGUGAGUUUUUUACUGAUAUUGAUGACGAUAGUACUCAACUUUGCAGUUUGUGGCAAUCUGUUGAUAAUGCGUCGCAGGAAAAUCCAAAGUCCAGUUACAAGAGGGAGCGCACGGGCGCGCUGGAAAGCGCUUUCCUCCGGCGUGGAAGCGCAAAUGAUGACGGUGCUCAUGGUGACCUCCGUGGUUGUUUUAGGUUGCUCAGCGCCGCUGGUGGUACGCGUAUUUUCUAACCAGAUAACAUGGACCGAGAAUUCCCAUGCAGAUUUGAUGGCUAUUCGGAUCGCCUCGGUCAACGCCAUUCUUGACCCUUGGAUCUACAUCCUCCUGAGAAGGACUUUGUUCCGUAAGAUUCAGAGAUUCUCUAAAGUGUUUUACAUUGGUCGCAAAAGCAAAGCACCCAUGUUGCCAGUAAAAUCAUCACAAAGGACAUUCCACUACCAAGGAGACAUUACAAACACCCAUGUAUUCACACCUCUGUGAAGCUCCUUGCAUAAAAAACAUAAUUCACCUGCCCGCCACAGUCGCCUAGUGCGCUCACGUCACCCAGGUUGGGACAAAGCUUGCCAUUUCUCCCCACAAGUUGUCCGAUAUCCAGUCUCACAAUGUGUUCUGUCGAUAUAAUUGAUGAUGGGUGGCAAUUCACCUGUUUUAAAUAUAUAACUUUCAAAAACAGUAGAUGAAUUAAACAAAUUAAUCAUGUAACAGUAAAAUUAUAGAUAGUACCAUGGGCUCAAGCAUUUGGCUCAAUCACAGCUAUGUAUACGUUUUACACAAACAAUAAAUAUGACAUUGUGAAGUUAAAGAGAUCCGUUGUAUGAACACCAGGUGUGUUUAGUGCUGCUAACCAAUUCAGACGUUUUAAGUUCAUUGGUAAUAUCAAUGAGCAAAGAGUGGGUCUACGGAAUGAUUAGGUUUUGAGUCUGUUUAGUGUUGGCCUGAGAUGACCCCUUGUUUUUCCCCAUCGUGGCCACAGAGAGGUUGUUCAUUACUUGGUUAAAGGUCCAAUGCAGCCGUUUUUUAUCACAAUACCAAAUAAUUUCCGGAUAACAAUUAAGUACCUCACUGUGAUUGUUUUGAAUUAAAAUGGUCAAAAAUUAACAAAUAACUUCUUAGCAAAGAGCAAUUCUUCAAGCAAGAAUUAUGCUAGGACUCUCUGGGAUUGGUCUGAGCGGGAAGGCUCAAACGGAAAACUAGCUAUUGGCAGAAAGGUUUCGAACUCUCUUCCUUAUUGGUCUAUUUGGUGAUGUCACCAGGCAGACCAAAAUUGCAUCCCACCCACACAGGCAGAAAUUUCAGGCGGCCUUUGAAAACAGCUCUUACACUAAAAGGGCAUUAAACAUAAUUUUCACAAUUUUACAGUAUUAUUCCAACCUUAUAGUGUGGAAAUAUAUAUAAAACACACAAAAAAUCUAGUUUUUGUUUGCACUGAGCCUCUAACCAAGACCCUUGUUGAUAGAGUCACUUUGUCAUCACCCUUAGCGGUGUUGGCAGAAAGCGGAUGUUGCAAGAUCAGGGAUACUUCUCUUUCCCCUGAAAAACGGAAGUGGGGACUUCACUUAAAUAUGGUUUUUAACAGAGGUGGCGCCUCCCCUUCACAACGAAUCACGCCAAUACUUUUCUUUUCUUGAAACUUGCAUAAAGUAGAGCUCAACUUUUUCUACCGCUCUGCUAGCAGGGUUCUCGCUGCUCACCUUCCCACAAUCUCCCUCACAUUUCUCUGUGUUCCCUCAUUGAAAAUGAAAAGGGGGAAAAACUUAUCCUGCCGAAUUCGUUGUUGGUGAAAACCCACUGUCAGGCGUCAUUCUAUCCCUGUUAUGUUAGGUUACUGUGCCAUAGACCCCUGAGGGGCUAAUGGAUCAAGCUCAAAGGCAGUUAAUGCACAAGAUGUAGUUUAAUCUCCCGGAUCUACUCUGUACCCUGAAGGGGCAACAAACGCAAAGUAACAGACAUUUCACAUCAGACACUUUGGUGUCUCUUCUGCAGAGUUGUAAACAACCUCAGAGGAGCAGGAUGUGUCCAAGUGUUUUUCUCAAAACUUUGGACUGAAUUCUAAACACUGUCCAGCAACUAUACUUGCGACUGCAGUUACUCUCAAAAAACAGGCGUUGAACUUUGUCAUGGAGGUCAUGGGAGAGAGACUUCCCAGGGAGAUGAUUAGUUCCCCUAGGUUGUGUUCCUAUUUUCUACCCUUCACCCAGAAAUGUGCACUUGUUCACUUCCACUCAUGCAUUUAAAAGUAUUGGAUUGGUGAAAGCGGCUGGAGGGACUUUCCACCUGUUCCUUUUAAAGGAAUGUACUGGCACAAAUCAACGUUUAUUGGUCACGUACAUACACAGUUUAGCAGAUGUUAUAGCAGUUGCAGUGAAAUAAUUAUGUUACUAGCUCCUAACAUGCAGUAAAAUGUCAAACAAGUAUCCAAAUAAUUUAAAUAUUCGUAAAAAAGUACAGCAAAAAAAAAAAAACGUUGGUAAGAAUCCAAUUAAUAACCCAAAUAGCACUGUAACAGUAAUCAAAAUGCAA